AUGUCACCUAUGGCCAGGACGGGAGUCGCUGCCCUGGGCGCAGCAGCUUGGAACCGCUGUCGCGUGACUCCGACGACAAAAGGUGAUUUCUGUCCGACGCUUCCGCUGGCUGCUGCGCAUUCUGCACAGCGGCUGGCGGAGCGACAUGCGGUCCGAGGCUUGCUCUUGCGGGGGAAGGUCUUUGCAGAAACAACUCCGGCAGUGCAAGACAUCGGUGGCGCGUCGAUCUGCAUCCAGCUUGAGGAGCAGAGUGGCGAUGGAGGACGCCUGGUGGAAUUGUUGGACGGUGGCUACUUGAUGGCGCUUCGGCCAGAAGGUAGAGGGACCGGCUUCCUGCCAGCUGUAGCUGGCGUGCCGGGGCGACAAGGCCUCGACCGCGCAGGUCGUUCUCGCAUCGGACUUGCAGAAUGUCUGGUGAUGGCAAGGCCCCUUGGGCUGGCAGACGAUGCGGAAGGACAUGUGACUUUUCUCCAUGAUGCAGCCCUCCGAGGCUGGCUGUCAGACGAAAAGAUCGUUGAUGUCGUGCUGCUGGCUCGGGUAACCGAUUUCUUCCUAGGCCUCAAUGCUGGGACUUGGCUUCGUAUACGCAUCAGCGACAUCGCAUCCGCCUCUGCCAGGUGGCUUGUUGAUGCCAGCUGUCUGGGCGAUUCAGGCUGUGUCGUGCCGCAUGCUGGAUACUGGCACUUGGUGCUGUGCAUUAUUCCGUUGGACUGCGCUGCAAGAUUGGUCCAGCCCAUGCGUAGUCGGCUCAAACGGGCAUCAAUGCAGCAAUCCACUCCUUCAGCUCGUUGA